GGAACGAGAUGAGCAGCGCCGGCGCCGCUGCAAGAUGCUGGAUGGACACGUCCUGCUGGGAUGGCUCUCCUCCUGCGCGCUCCUAGGGCUGCUCGCCUGCACACCGCGGCCCUCCGCCGCCUACUUCGGGCUGACGGGGAACGAACCUCUGACCAUCCUCCCUCUGACCUCAGAAAUGGAGGAAGCAGCUGUCAAAGCCCACUACAAGGUCUGUGACCGCCUGAAGCUGGAGAAGAAACAACGCAGGAUGUGCCGGAGGGACCCCGGGGUGGCUGAGACCCUGAUGGAAGCCAUCAGCAUGAGUGCCUUGGAGUGCCAGUACCAGUUUCGUUUUGAGCGCUGGAAUUGCACCCUCGAAGGUCGCUACCGGGCCAGCUUGCUGAAGAGAGGUUUUAAGGAGACAGCCUUCUUGUAUGCCAUCUCCUCUGCUGGGCUGACCCACGCCAUGGCCAAGGCGUGCAGUGCGGGGCGGAUGGAGCGUUGCACCUGUGAUGAGGCCCCAGACCUGGAGAACCGUGAGGCUUGGCAGUGGGGUGGUUGUGGUGACAACCUGAAAUACAGCAACAAGUUCGUCAAGGAAUUCCUGGGGAGGAAGCCCAACAAGGACCUGCGAGCCAGGGUGGACUUCCACAAUAACCUUGUGGGCAUGAAGGUCAUCAAAGCUGGAGUGGAGACAACCUGCAAGUGCCACGGUGUAUCUGGGUCCUGUACUGUCCGAACGUGCUGGAGGCAGCUCUCUCCAUUCCAUGAAAUAGGGAAGCAGCUGAAGCAAAAGUACGAGACAUCCCUCAAAGUGGGCAGCACCACCAACGAGGCCACCGGGGAAGGGGACAUCUCCCCACCUAAGAAAUCCAUCCCUGGUCACAGUGAUCAGAUCCCAAGGACUACAGAUCUUGUCUACAUUGACGAUUCCCCGAGCUUCUGUAUGAUGAGCAGAUACUCUCCUGGGACUUCGGGAAGGAAAUGUUACAAAGACAAGAACUGUGACAGCAUCUGCUGCGGGCGAGGGCACAACACGCAGAGCCGGGUGGUCACCCGCCCCUGCCAGUGCCAGGUCCGGUGGUGCUGCUAUGUGGAAUGCAAGCAAUGCACCCAGAGAGAGGAGGUUUACACCUGCAAAGACUGACUGACAUGUCUUCUGCUUGAUGGCAACCCUCGGUGAUGGGAGAUCUAUGAGAACUACAUAUGGAGACAAACAGGGUUUGAUUGACCUUCUGGGAUCUGAAAGCUAUGUUGAGACAUAAGCACUUUGUAGGGUACAGGUGACCCAGCUGUGUUGCUGUUUUGUUUUUGUUUUGUUUUCCUGUAGACUGAGUUUUAAUGAGGUCCAACCAUGUGGAAAUAAGUGCCUGUCACACUGGGGUUAGACACCAGUUGACCUUCACCUUGGUCAUCCACGCAGUUUGACGAAUCAUUCAUCCUUGGAACAUCUUGAUGGUUUCACCGACCCUCCAUGAACUUCUGGGCUAAGAUAUUCUCUUUGACAUAAAUAACAUUUACCAUUUUAUUCCUGAAGCUUACCCAACUGCUUGAAGAGCUAAGCAGAUACGAAAGAAAAAUCUUUCUGCUCAGAAUGUGAUGGUACGGGUAGUGGUCAAUAAUUUUUUCCCCCCUCCUUCUAAAACUGGAGAGAAAUGGGUAGGGAAAGCAGGAACAGCCCUGGUGCAAAGAAGGCUCUGACCAAAAGAGCCUUUGGGGGGGUAAGCUCUUUAGUGACAGCUCUGUAUCUGUGUUCUUUGAUCACCAAAUCCAGCUCAAAACAUGUUGGGUCCACCACGUUGCAGACAGAAACACAUCCAAGAAAGAGGUUGGGAAGGCAUUAGAAAGCCAGAUGUGCCUGUCCCCUUCAGUCCAAUCAUGUGUUCUUCUUCAAAACCAGUUCCUUCAAACAUCCUUUCUUUAGCA